UUUUUUUUUUGUUUAUUUCUCUUUUUUUUACUAUUUUUAUUUUCAUUUUUAUAUGUGUAUGAACGAAUUCUUAAAAGAACAUACCUGUUAUGAUGUUUUACCGAUAAGUUUUCGCCUUGUUGUAUUUGAUACACAGCUUCGAGUUAAAAAAGCCCUGUCCAUGUUAAUACAGAAUGGUAUUGUAUCUGCACCUCUCUGGUCCAACGAAACAUUAGAAUAUGCCGGUAUGUUGACUGUCAGUGAUUUCAUCAACCUGAUUCAAUACUAUUACUACAGCCAUUCGUCCUCCUAUCAUGAAAUCGAGACAAUCCAGAUAUCCGAACUUAAGGACAAGCAUCACGAAAUAUGGGUGAAACAGCAAAAGGGCGCCAUCCAUCCCAUGGCUACCUUAUACGACGCUGCCAUCGUCAUGUCAGAGACCAGAGCACACCGCAUCCCUCUCGUCAUUGAAAAUAGGGAAAUCAUUAGUGUCAUCACUCAGUAUCGAUUACUAAAAUUCGUGGCGAAUAACUUCAAAAAUACUGAGUUGCUUAGAAUACCGUUAUCUGAACUAAAGAUUGGAACCUAUGGCACCCAAGUAGCCACGGCAACCAUGGAAACACCCGUCAUAGAAAUCAUUACCAUGUUUGCUCGUGAGAACAUUAGUGCGGUACCUGUCAUUGAUGAAGACGGGACUGUUCUGAAUAUUUACGAUACAGUGGAUGUCAUGAGCUUGGUGAGGUCUGAGAAAUACAGUAAUUUGGAUCUACCUGUACGAGAAGCUAUUAAAUCAAGACCAAAGGAUUAUCCUGGUGUCAGCACGUGUACCAUGAACGACACCUUAAACUCUAUUUUUAAGGCGAUACGCAAAAAGAGAGUGUAUAGAUUGGUAGUCAUUGAACCAGAAACACAUCAACUCUUGGGGUUAUUGAGUUUAUCAGACAUUUUGGGUUAUAUUGUCACUAUCUAGUCCACGAAAAAUAUAAAUAUUCCCCUUUUCCCAUUUUUAGUAACUUUUUUAUUUUAUCCAAUGAUGAUGCUGGAAUUACCUAUCAAUAAAAAUAUGUAUGGAUUGCAGAAAAAACGAUUUAGCCAGCAAGAUUUUGGGUGAAUUACCGGUAAUGAAAAGGCGUGCUUAAAAGGAAUAUAUAAACAACAUAGUGUCUUUGCGCACGAGAGAGGGACUACUAAAUUUGUAGCAAUUAAACAUCAUUCCAUCAAUAAAGUAGAGUAAAUUACACUAGCCAGUCCACAAUCUCUACCGCAAGAACGUCAAGUGAUGAUCAAGGAUUAUGCAUGAAAGGUUGUACUUUUAUCAGGGUCCGCUAUUUUUUUUUAGGCAUAGAUUGUCAGUGACCAGUUCAGGAAUGAUCUUCUUUUUUAAAUGAUAAAAUGUUCGCCUUUUUUUUUUAAGGUUCAA